AUGAUGGGGAAUUUGCUGAGUUCGUUGUGUCCGUCUUGCGUGAAGGUAAGGAAAGAUCAACCUUGCCGCGCUUGUGAGUUGUUGUUCGCCUUCGUUCCAUAGGUAACUCAGGUAAUGAUCUCUCGCGAUAAAUUUGCUAUUCAUUGACUUGUUCUCUGAAUUAUUUCAAUGAUCAAUCGAUCGAUCGAUGUUUUGACCGCAUCGAAAGGCUUGAUUCUUGAAUUCCACGAAAAUAACAAACUCCAGUGCUCCCCCCAAACGUGUCACAUGUCGUAUACAGAUUUGAGUUUCUGUCCUGAUGUUGUGAUCUCUCAUUUUUUUUCUUCUAACUCAUAUAUUAUUUUAAUUUCAUAUGAGCCUUCUUUUGUAUUGUGUACGUGUCAACUAAACUGUUAAAUAUUCAAAUACGACUAAGUAAACUUAAUGAAUUGGAUAAAUUCUGUGCCAAAUAUUACGUAUUGGUGCUUUUCUGUUGUUGCGAUGUUAAGUGUGACUUGGGUUUUUCGCUCUUUAAUACGUAACUUUCACGUAGUUUCUUGAUAUUUCCAAUAAACCUUUUCGUGCAAAAACUUCUUGUCGCCGCUAUCUGACAUUUUCAUUCAGAUCAGAACGGAUUGGAGACGCUAUGAAAAUAGACGGCGAGUUAAUAAUUGUAGUGGUCACGCAAUGCUAAAAUUUAUUACGUGACGUACCAAUCUAUAUAUAUGGAGGGAAAAAAUCGCAAACGGAUAAUUGUUGAUCAUCCAAGAGACAAAGGCCAGCGCGAGUACUUUUGACCCUUUACAUAGAAAUUUUAGAAAACAUAUUCUUCACUCUGUCGCCUUUAUAUUUUGUACGGUAAUGACUAGGAGAAUUUGUUUGACAAUCAAGAUCUUCUUUAAUUGGUGAUCAAUUCCUUUAUUCUCGUGACCUGAACAUUUGAUUUAAGGCUGAUACUGUAAGGAGAAAUUAGAAGCCAGUCACUCUUAGGGGGUCUAAGGUAAAACCCGCUUUCAUCAGCAGUACGCUCUUCAGGAUUACAAACUUAUGACAGGCCUAAAGUCUACACUGUGAUUAUCAUGAGAUGAACCAAGCCAAUGAGACGCAACAAGUCGCCACGCUUGUUUUUGCCUGCGCCUUUACUCUCGGUGUACGCGUAAUUAAAAAUAGCUCUUUGUGUCCUCAUGGUGGAGAAAAUGGUAGCGUUAACGUCCAGGAAAGAAUUUCGUCUGAAAUUAGAUAUGUUACGCUCCAAACUAAGACGUAAUCAGACGGCAUCAUCCAAAGUCGGACGGUAACAGUCUGAACUGUCUGAUAUCGAACAGAUUCGUCCGAAUUCAGGCCGUGUACCGUCCGAUGUCAGACAAAACCGCCCGAAAAUCUGACGUUACCAUUCGAGAUCGUACGAUAUCGAAUAGGGACGUCCGAAAUUAGAAAGAAGUGUCCAAUAUCAAUUACCAAAAUUAGACGAAACCAUCGAAAUCAGACGGUCCCGUCCAAAGUAAGACGGACCGCUUUAUAUCAAACGUAUGCAACACGGUAUGGUGGUUCAUGAUAAGAGGGAAACUAAAGUAGGGGAAAUUGAAGUCAAUGGGUACCUUGUUGAUAUUAUCAAACAUUUAUAGUAACUCUAUAAAAAGGGAGGUGCCUUUGCACCUCUGGAUCAUUUGUUAAUCUACCGUCAGACCUUCAUAUUUAAAUCAAAACAGCUUGAGCUGCAGCUGAUCCAAAGCGAGAGAACAGUAGACGGAUCUCUUAAAAGCUCUAAUAUAUUUUUUAUGUUUUCAUCGCAAUGGACGAAUCGAAAUUUUGCGAUUUGCUUUAACUGAUUUGUCCUGUUUUAGGCAGAAAAGUCGGAGUCCAGCCCUAAGGAGCGGCUGGUUGGGGGAGAUCAAAAUGACCGUACGUACUCUUCAACCCAACAAGACGUUACGUAUCCCCCGACGGAACAGUCGCGUACUUGGGACUCGUCGGAAGCAAGUUCAAAGAGUGUGUACUACACCCCUUCCAGUAGUUUAACAUUAUCGACAAUGAUGGACAAACCUAACAACUUAUUACAGCCAGUUGAGAAAGAAUCAAAUGCUGUGCCUUGUUGA